AUGGCUUAUGGUGGAGAUGAGCAGCAAAGCCAGGAUUAUCUAUUCAAAAUUGUUCUGCUUGGUGACUCUUCUGUUGGCAAAUCAAAUUUGCUAGCCAGAUUUGCUAGGAAUGAGUUCUUUCCAAAUUCGAAAUCCACAAUAGGAGUGGAAUUCCAGACCCAGAAAUUGGUGAUAGAUGGAAAGGAAAUUAAAGCUCAGAUAUGGGACACAGCAGGACAAGAACGUUUCAGAGCAGUCACAUCUGCCUACUACAGAGGAGCCGUUGGAGCUCUUCUGGUUUAUGAUAUUACCAGGCGCCAGACAUUUGACAGUGUCGGCCGAUGGCUUAAUGAACUGCACGCUCAUUCGGACAUGAAUGUCGUCACAAUUCUGAUUGGCAACAAGACCGACCUCAAGCAUGCGCGGGAGGUGAGCACCGCGGAAGGCAAAGCCCUGGCUGAGGCGCAGGGCCUCUUCUUCAUGGAAACCUCAGCGAUGGACUCGUCGAACGUCACAGCAGCUUUCCAAACCGUGGUCAAGGAGAUCUACAGCAUACUAAGCAGGAAGGUGUUCCAAUCUCAAGAGCAGAAGAAAAGCGAGCUGCAGUCGCUAAGCAACGGGAAAGCCGUGGUGCUGCAGAGCGACGCCCCCAGCGACACGAACAGCAGCGGGAGGUGGUGCUGGUUCCUGGACUUGAUGACCACGAGAGAGGGUCCCUGUUGCGUGCCGUAG